AUUUUUUUUCCCAGGAAACAACUAUACCUCUGGUGAGAAUCGUGCAACGCCUGGUGAACGUCUUUUCCCAUUCUCUCUCCUCCACCUAAGUUUCCCCGGUCCUCUCUCUCUCUCUCUCUCUCUCUCUCUGGUCUGUUUCUUCUUCUUGUUCCCUCUCCCCAAAUCUAGGGUUUCUUUGCCUGAUUUGGCCUUGGUUCUUCGGAAUUCGGCUGGGUUCUUCUGAUCCUUUGAAAAAUACGGGCGCGUUUGGACGAGAUAUGCAAUUUUGCGGACAAGUGCGUGAGCACUCGUGAGAACGAGGGCGUAGAUGCGGAAUUCUAUCGCUAGUUUGAAAGAGAACCUCUCCCGCAUUGCCUUAGAUGUCCACGGCGAUACCGAUGAUGACGAAUUCGCUGGAUCUUUAGUAGGUCAGGAUGGCCCGGAGUCAGAUCGCCGAGUUUCUCAGCGUCUCGCGCAAUCUAAGCACUCUACCAUUUCGAACGGGAAUGCUUGGAGUCAUCAAGCACAGCUUGAUGAUUACAAAGCAGAAGUGGAAAGGCUUAAGGCAUCUGAGGCUGAAAUCAGAAGACUAUCUAUCAACUAUGCAGCCAUUUUAAAGGAAAAAGAGGAUGAACUCUCUCACCUGCAUGAAGAAAACACUUCACUAAAGGAAAGUUUAAAGUCGGCUAGCUUUACUAGAUAUGCACCAAAAAGUGAAAGCCUAAGAAGACAAACUGGUAGUGUUUGUCUGCCCAAGGAAGAUGGUGAACAGUCUCCUUCAAGACAACCAACGCAGGUAUCCCAAACAAUCUCCUCUUCCAGGAACCAUUCCUAUGGGGGACCUAGUAAUGGCAGUCUGCAGGCAAUGAAGCAUGAUGAAUUUCAAUUGAAGGAAUUUGCACGUUCAUUAGAAGAGAGCAAUAGCGCUCUGGAAGCUUUGCGUGCUGAUCAUGAGGUAUUGCUGACAGAAAUGAAGCAACUGAGAGAGCAGCUAGAGAAAGAAAGAGUAGAUUCAACUAGCACAAAGCUGCAGCUGGAAGGGGAACAGAAUUCAAACAAAUCUUUUCAGAAGGAACUUCAUGCUGUGAAGGUUGAAAGAGAUAGGUCUUAUGCAGAGAUGAAAGAACUUCAUGACUGCUUGGAUAAGAAAACGUUGGAGGUAGAAAGAUUGCAGUUGGAGUUAAAUAGGAGAGAUGCGGAAGAAACAGUACAGGCUUCUGAAAGCAUGCCAAAGUCUAUAUCUGCACUGGAGAAAGAGAUUACUGAUCUAAAGAUCAAAUUAUCAAAAUUCUCGCGUGAGAAGGAAAAGGCAGAAGCUACAACACUUCAUUUGGAACAAAAGCUCAAGGAUGCAUGCCAUGAAAGAGAUAAAGCAGUGCAAGAGGUUGCACGCUUGAAGAAACAUUUGCUGGAUAAGCAUUUUGAAGAAUCGGAGAAGAUGGAUGCAGACGGCAAUCUCAUUGAAGAACUACAAGCGAAUUGUGAACUUCAAAGAACUAGAAUAGUGCAGCUAGAAAGUUCCCUCAGACAGGCAAUUUCGAGUCAGGAAGAGAUAAAGAAGAUUAAUGGCAGUGAACUUCACAGGUCUAACGAAAUUAUCAAGGAACUUAGGCAGAAGUUGGCCAGCUGUAUGAGCACAAUUGAUUCAAAGAACGUGGAACUCUUGAAUCUUCAGACAGCUCUUGGUCAAUACUAUGCUGAGAGUGAGGCAAAGGAAAGACUUCUUGGUGACUUGGCUGUGGCUAGGGAAGAUUUAUCUCAUAUGUCUCAGUCAUUAGCGGAAGCCAAUCAUGCGUUGGAGAUUUCAAAGAAAGAAAAGGUUGAUCUUCUGCUGAAACUUUCCCAGGCUGAAAGGAUGCUAAUGGAGGGUAAAAACAUGUUCAAAGCACUAGAGGAAGAUAAUUUGAAACUCAGACGUGCUCUGGAACAGAGCAUGACAAGAAUUAAUCGGAUGUCUGUGGAUUCAGAUUACUAUGUUGACAGGCGAAUUGUGAUCAAAUUGCUGGUGACGUAUUUGGAAAGAAAUCAUAGCAAAGAGGUUUUGGAUCUUAUGGUUCGGAUGCUGGGAUUCUCUGAUGAGGAUAAGAAGAGAAUAGGCUUUCUGCUUGCUGGUGGAAAAGGUGUUGCUCGAGGUGUAUGGGGUCUACCUGGGCGCCUUGUUGGAGGUAUUUUAGGUGGGAAUUCUGCAGCACCAGCACAUGUCUCAUCAGAUAAUCAGUCAUUUGCAGAUCUCUGGGUUGACUUCCUUCUUAAAGAAACUCAAGAACGGGGGGGAAGGGCCACAGAAGAAGCUGGUACAGGUUCAGAAGGCUCUCGACAAAGUUUCGGAGUUCAGACCGCUAAAUACAACAGCCUGAGACCCCUGUGACUGCAUGUUCAUCUAGAGAACUUCAUCUGUCUCAGCAUUUUGUCGCAGAAUUCUCAACCAUGCCUUGGACAUUGUCGAGAACUUGAGUGUCUGAAAGUUCAUACCAGUUUUCAAGUGUUUCUCCUAAACAUCAGAGAAACAAUUUUCUGUGUAUAAGGUAGAGGUUCUUUGUAUCAUUCAGCACAGAUGAAGCCAAUUUUUCAAAGGCUAUUCUUGUAUCUUUCUUUCGUCUUCCCAAACGUGCAUCACGGUCAUUUAAAUGUGUUUCUAUCUGUAUUAUUCUUUGUUGUCUUCUCUGUUGCCCUGCUGCAGUUAAUGUACUCAAGGAGGUGUAAAUUCUAGAACGCAUUUAUUCUUUUACUGGGCUAAAGGAUCGGAGUGCGUAUUGCUCUAUAAGAUCGUCGAAGUUUGAGUUUGCUUAA